AUGUCCAAACCCAGCCAAUACCUUCUCCUCUCGCUCCCCUCAUCCAUCGUCCCCUCGCACCACCGCGACGACGCCCUUGACGCCGUAUCGGCCACCGUAUCCCCGGACAAUGGGUCAGCGGCGUCCUUCCCGAUCCCCGAGUUCAAGAUCGGCACACUAGAUGCCCUGGUGCAGCAGGCUGAUGAGCUGGCCAAGCUCGAGAGCUCGUGUCAGGCUGUUGUUGCAAAGGUCGGGGAUGCUUUGAAGAAUAUCUUGGAGGGGGAUGAGGCACAGAUCGAGCGCAUGAAGGUCGUGAAUGACAAACCGGUGGAUCAGUACCUGCGGACCUUCUCAUGGAACAAAGUCAAGUACCGAGCGGAUCGGUCACUGUCAGAGCUGAUCGAUCUCUUGCAGAAGGAAGCUGCCAGCAUUGACAAUGAUAUCCGGUUCAAGUACUCCCAGUAUAACCAGGUCAAGAAUACGCUCGCCACGCUGCAGCGGAAACAAACAGGAAACCUCUCGACAAAAUCGCUCGCCUCGGUCGUCGAUCCGCGGUCGAUCGUCCAGGACUCGGAAUACAUUGAGACGCAUCUGAUCGCCGUGCCAGCGCAGCUCGUCAAGGAGUUUCUGGCAGCCUACGAGACCGUGGCACCCAUGGUGGUGCCCCGCUCGGCACAAUUGGUCGCCUCGGACAGUGAAUUCUCACUGUAUGCCGUGACGACAUUCAAGAAGCAUGCCACGGAGUUUGUGCACCGAUGUCGCGAGCAAAAGUGGAUCCCUCGUGACUUCAAGUACGUUGAGGGCGGCAAGGAAGAGGAGCGCAAGGAAGUCGAGCGCGUUGGCGGCGAUGAGCGCAAGCUUUGGGGCGAGACGCUACGCCUCGGCCGCACGGCGUGGAGCGAGGCCGUCAUGGUCUGGAUCCACGUCUUGGUCUUGCGGGUGUUUGUCGAGACGGUGCUUCGCUACGGGCUUCCGUUGGAUUUCGUGUGCGCUUUGAUACGAAUCCCUACCUCCAAGCAAGCAGACCGCGCAAAGCACAACCUCGAAGAGAAGUACUCGUAUCUGGCAGGAAAUGCCUUUGGCCGCGACAAGAAGGGCCGGGUCAAGCGCGACGAUCCCAGCGAAAUGCAUGCAACCGGCGAGGGAGGCGCGGAAUAUACGCCGUACGUGUACUACGAAUUCGAAUUCAACUGA